CAUUCAUCAAAUCAAAGCUUUCUUCGAAAAAGGGAUAAGUCGAUCAAGAAUUCGUGUGUGUAAUAACAAACGAAUUUCUGCGUAAUCUGAAUUCGAAACCCUUUUUUUUUUUUGGCUAGGAUUAUCCUAAACUCUUCUUACAAUCAAAAGCCGGCCGAGAAUUUGUCGUAUUCUCGCGCCUGUGUUGUUCGAUUUGAUUUGGGGAUUUUGGGAUUGGGAUUGAAAUUAGGGUUUGUUCGUUCUCUGAUUUGGGGAUUAUUUAGGGAAAAUUUUGGCUCAAUUCGAUUCCAUUGGAUUGGAUUGUUGUCGGAACGAGACAGCAAUUCCACACCCAAAUGGUCGUAAUCGGAAUCUCGAUUCCGAUGAACCAUCACAUAGCCAUGGCGAAACCUGUAAAUUCCCCCGAUCCAUGUUCGAAGCUGAAACAGAUCAAUCAGUUCCAUAAAAACCGUCGAAGUUCUUCCCCUCCUAACAUCCCUACCUGCGACCAAUCUCGUUUCGCCAUCGUCGAUGUAAUAAUCCUGAUCGCCGUCAUAUCCGCUUCCGGAUUCCUCAUCUAUCCGUACGCCAAGAUCGUAACCUUCGCAGCUCUCGAAUUAUCCAAAGAAGUCUUCGAUGUAUUAAUCGAAGAAAUCUCAACCGCUCCUCUGUUGUUCGGCUGCUUAGGACUCAGCAUUCUGUUCUCAGUCACCGCCCUGGCGGCGCUCAUCGUAUUUUCCGACCGGCGCUGCGGGAAGCCAGGCUGUCGGGGGCUGUCCGACGCCGCCGAAUUCGAUAUUCAGCUCGGGACAGAGGAUUGUGUCCGAAAAUCUUCGUCGAAUCUUAGUAAGAACGGAUUGUUCGAAUUGCGGCGCGAUCACCACCGCGAUUUGGAGGCGGAGCUCAAAAAAAUGGCGCCCCCUAACGGCCGAGCUGUAAUGAUAUUCCGAGCCAGCUGUGGAUGCCCCAUUGGUAGAAUGGAAGUCCCGGGACCGCGGAAAUCGCGCAAGGUUAAGAAGUAGUAGGCCGCCCUAUGUAAGAGCUCUUACUACAUUAUAGAUUUGAAUAAGAUUAUUCGGCGCAAUAAGUUUCUUCGAACAUCGUUUAGAUACAUACAUAUACAUACUUGUUGUCUGAAGAUUAUGGGAUUCCUUUUCGAUUUCUAUGUUUACUACGCUUUGAACCGUUGAAAAAUGUUGAAAAAUGCCGUUGAUCGAUGUUUAAUAUGUAUGUGUUUGUCGCUCCCCUUUUCUCGGAUGUUCGAUCCAUUUUAGAGUUUAGUUUGUGAAAGUCGAUGCACAAUGGGAACUUGAAAUGCUCGAUGAUUCUCGUGGUAGUUUUUUGCGUUGGUCUACUUAUUACAUUCUGUGUAUCCUCGUACGAGGAAGUUUGUCUGGUAAUUCUGCUUUUUGUUCGUCGCUGUUUUGUCGCUUUAGGUUUGGUGAAAUUAGCUGUUUUUAGCGGCUUUUGUCGUUGUAGGAUCGAUUUGAGGUUCGAUGUCUUGAUGAAAUUUUGAUCUUAGAAUUU